UGAAGAUUGGCAUGCAGGCUUUGAGUGGAGGACAAACAGAAGACAACAACACUACAAGGUGCUGCGUUGUUGUGGGCAAGCCAUCUUCUCGAUGUGAAGCUGUCCCAUGAUGCAACAUGUGUCCCCAGCAUCUGCAGUGACAAUGAUGGCCACCCAGAGCGCUCCUCCACCAUCGUACCAGGAGAGCCAACAGAUGACAGGCACAAAUCAGCAGAACACCAAGACCCCACAGGUCCAUAUCCCAGCAGCCUCUGCAGCAGGAAAUACCUCUGUCAGUGUGACCCUUGACCCCCAGGCCCAGCUUGAAUCUGACAAGAGGGCCGUUUACAGACAUCCGCUGUUCCCACUGCUGGCACUGCUGUUUGAGAAAUGUGAGCAGGCCACACAGGGAUCAGAAUGCAUCACAUCAGCCAGCUUUGAUGUGGACAUCGAAAACUUUGUGCACCAGCAGGAACGAGAACAUAAGCCCUUCUUUAGCGAAGAUCCAGAACUGGACAACUUGAUGGUGAAGGCCAUUCAGGUGCUGAGGAUCCACCUACUGGAAUUAGAGAAGGUCAAUGAGCUUUGUAAGGAUUUCUGCAACCGUUACAUCACUUGUCUCAAGACCAAGAUGCACAGCGACAACCUCCUCCGCAAUGACUUCGGAGGACCCUAUUCUCCAUCGCACACCAGUCUCAACAUGCAACAGGAACUAAUUCAGACCUCCUCUCCAUCCAUGACCUCUGUCUCCAGCUCUGUUAACCCUUCAGGGAUUGUGGUGCCUGCCGGAGGUCUGCAACAGGGCAAUGUCGCCAUGACCACCAUCAACUCUCAAGUGGUAUCAGGUGGGACCCUGUACCAGCCAGUUGCCAUGGUGACAUCGCAAGGGCAAGUGUUAACUCAGGCGCUGCCUCCGGGAACCAUCCAGAUCCAGAACUCACAGGUAAACGUGGACCUGUCCUCCUUGUUGGACAGCGAAGACAAGAAGUCUAAGAAUAAGAGGGGGGUCCUGCCCAAACAUGCCACCAACAUCAUGCGCUCCUGGCUCUUCCAGCAUCUCAUGCACCCAUAUCCCACAGAAGAUGAGAAAAGACAGAUCGCAGCACAAACAAGUCUAACCCUCUUGCAAGUGAACAACUGGUUCAUCAAUGCUCGUCGGCGUAUCCUUCAGCCUAUGCUAGAUGCCAGCAAUCCUGACCCAGCUCCUAAAGCAAAGAAGAUGAAGUCUCAGCACCGCCCAACACAGCGCUUCUGGCCCGACUCCAUAGUGGCUGGAGUACUGCAGACGCACAGAUCUCAGACAGGAAGCAACUCAGACAACCCACUGAGUAUGGACAGCCUGCAGUCCCUAUCUUCAGACUCAGCCACCCUGGCCAUGCAGCAAGCCAUGCUCGGAGCCGAUGACUCCAUGGACGGCACUGAGGAAGAGGAUGAAGAGGAGGAGGAAGAGGAGGAGGAAGGCAUAGAGGAGGAAGAUGAGGAGGAGGACGGAGAGGAGGAACAUGAAAGAGGGAGGCAGCUGUCCAGCAGGGGAGCAGGAAGGAGAGAUCUGAGCAUGGAGCACAGCGAGGAACUAGAGUAGAGUCAGGGCCAGCUGACCUCACAAACAUUGAUCUCAGUUGUGAACUUAAAACGGCCUCAUUCAAACUCAGCUAGUACGCCUCUAAUGCUGAGUGACUCCUGAGAGUAUUUAAGCACGUAUUAGUUCUUUAUGAGAGACUCUUAUGCAGAGCUUAAUCAGAUACAAUGACCAUCAUGUUUAUAGGACAAAUAUUAGUUUAAUGAUGAUUUGUGUUGUUGCAUUUUAACACAGUAUGUUCCCAUGUAGUGAGCUCAUGAACUUUUUGGAGAGUAGCACAUUUUUAUAGCUCUGGUUAUUUAUGGAGAGGAAUGACACAGGAACUCAAAGGGUGAAAAGGUCAGUUUUAAAUUGAGGAUGUUUUCAAGCAUCAUUUAAAGAUGUCGGGUGCUUUCACAGGGACUGACUUUUCUUUUUUAAAGCAAUGAGGAGUAGCGUUACAUGGAUUAAAGAACUGAAAAUCUUUGCACAGUGAAAAUCUUUGACUGUAUGUUUUAGCAACUACUUAAUUGAAUGUAAUAUUUUAUCACCUGAAAUUAGUUACUAAAAGGGCUGCAGCCUUUUUUAGACGUUCUCUUUUUCAUCUGAAAGUGCUCUUCAUUUUCAAUUGACAGACCGCAGUUUAAUGUGUCAUUUCCCUUCCUGAAAUAAGAAUGAGAAGCCGAAACAAAGGAGGGCGGGGGGGUAUGUGUAACACCAUCCAGAUGUUUGCAGACGUGACUGUUGGCUUCCACUCUGGGACAUCAUUCACACCUUUUAAAUGACUCAUAGGUUCUCAGGUCUAACAGUGCUUUCAUUUGACGUGUUUCUUCCUCAUGAGCAAAACACUUGACUCACUGCUGCCGCAUGACUUUUAAACACUCUUGGUUUAUAUUUUCUCCUCCCAUGAGCAACAGUAACUGUAGUAAACCAGUGUAUACUGACUGCACAUAUAGUAUGUAUAUUGGAUUUUUCCUAUGUUUGUUUUCUGGUGUUGAGGGUUCGCAUAUUUAUUCAAUUUUUUGUGUGUGGCUUCAGACUUCAUGUCGUCCAUGACACUUUCUGAAUAAGGCUGUUGAAAAAGCUGGUGGCCGUGCACAUACAGUAUGUACUUGACUCCCAACUACGACUCUUUGGAAACUGCUCGAGUAUUUCUGUGACCUCGAUUGAUUCUGUCAGAGUCAGAGCCUGCCGGUCACUACAGACUCAACACUGAGAGGAGUGACGCAGAGGAGCCCGGCGACUUUGGAGACAAAGUCAUGUACUGACACUGACUUCUUUUUGAAGAAGACAUUUUUGAGGAGAACAUAAAAAAAGGGAAGAACUUAUCUUCCCAUUUUAUGUGAAGGCUUUUGAAGAAGCUGUGAAUCAAUUUCAGCCCCGUUUUGUAUUAAAACAAAUGGAAUCACUCGUUUCUAAUGUGAAGUCUAGAAAAAGAAAAACUGUUAUAUUGAAUGUGCUGAGUGUUCAUUGUGA